UAAGCUGUCUAUGGUAAUAAGUCUAAUAAGUGAAAUGUCAAAGUAAAUAGGUUUUUCUGCUUUCUGCUAAGUUUUAGUGGGUAGUUUGUAAAUAAAUCACUAUUUUUGUUAUGUCUGACGUUACUAAAGCUCAAAAAUUAGCUGCAGCUAGAAAAAAGCUAAAGGAAUUUAAGCAAAAGCAUAAAGGCGAUAUUAAGGAAAAAGAAACUGAAAAAGGCAUUGAAAUUUGUGAAAGUUUAGGAAGUUCUACCCAUAGCUCUUUAAAUGGAAGUAUUUUAGACACAGGGAUACAUCCAAAGGAGUUUUUCAAUGUGGAAGGCAGUCAUAAUAACGUGGAAAACAACAAGGAUACAUUGAUUCCAACCUUAAGUAGUUGUAAUUAUGCUGAAGGUGAAAGUAAAAAAUUACCAUAUGAAAUACAAAAUGAAGAUAAUGUUACUGAAUUUCAACAUUUUAAUUUAAUCAGCUUUCCCCAGACACAUCCAAGUAUAUUUGACGAUUCGAUUAAUAUGACUAUGCAAUCACAACAGAUUGUUAAUAAUUCAGAGGAAUUGAAUAUUAUACAAUUACAACCAGACAAAUUACAAAAUCUUGAAACUGUAGCUGCAGAAAAUGUCAAUCAGGUAAAUGCUGAAAAAAUGCAUUUGUCUGGUACUGAAAGUUUAAAACAACUAUCAUCUCAGAUAAAUAACUUGAUAAAAGAGAGUGACAGUUACUCACAAGCUGAUAUUGUUUGCAAUAGUCUGUCUGGCUUGGAGAAACGUAAUCAGGAAUUAGCUGCUCAGCUACAAGAAAUUCAGAUAGAGAAGGAAACCUUAAAGACUCAAAUUGAAGAGAGAGAAAUAAGAAUACGCAAUUUAAUAGCAGAAAAUGAAAAUAGUAAAAUUGAACUUCAAACAAAAUUAAAUAGAGAACUAGGUCCUCUAAAAGAACAGCUCCAAACACAUGCACAAACCUUAGGAAUUCUGGUUGCAGAAAAAACGGAACUUUCUACGUCUUUAUCUCAAUCACAGCUGACCUUAAAACAAAAAAUUGCAGAAUGUGAAGAAUUACAAGGAAGGUUAAGAACUUCGCGAGGCCGUGUUGCUGAUUUGGAAAAGGAGCUCAAUUUUUUUCGACAAGAAAAGGCAAAAAUGGAACACCUCAUUAAUUCAGAUGAGAUGGAAGGAAGGAACAAAGAACUAAGUAUCCUAAAGGAAAGAUUGAAUGAAGUAAAUCAGGAUCUUUUGGAAAUUAAGGAGAAAUAUAACUCGAAAAGCGAAGAAAACAGAUAUCUACAAAAUCAAAUUCAAGAUCUCUCGCAUCAGUUGUCUUUAGCGCAACUGAGACUUCAACAAGUCACCGCUGGUGAAAAACAUCAGAAUGAUGUAGAAAUUGAAGCUCUCGCUCAGGAAAAAAUUCAACUUGAAAAACGAGUAAAGGAACUGAGCGAGUCUUUAGCAGCAACAACAGCCGAACGCGAUCAGUCGAGUGUGCAUUAUCAGCAUUAUACAGAACAACUUAAUGAACAAGUCAAUAAUUUGGCAUCUCGAUUACAAAAUUUGACCCAAGAAAACGAACGACUUUCCUCCCGGGAACAAGAACUGGUCCGUCACAUUGGGGAAUUAGAAAAGAGAUUACAGAAUCUACAGGACGAACGUUUAAAUGAAAUUUCUUGCAGUAACGGUAGCACCGUUGUUACCGAUGAAAAUGUGUUGAUGGAUUUACAACAACUACGACAUGAUAAACAAAUUCUCUCAGACAAGUGUCAACAGCUGUUGGAAGAUAAAAGACUGUUAGAAGAAGAAAUACACUUUCACGAAGAGAAAGAGCGAGAUUUUUCCGAGCAGUUGGAACAAGCCCGGGAGAACAGGCCCGAUUUAUCCAAAUUAAUGGCUUCCAUCGAGAGCGAUAAAGUUGCCGCUGCAAGAGCCGUAUCUCAAAAUGCAGAGCUGAAAGCUCAACUAGAAGAAAUGCAACAAGCAUUCAUCAAAGCCAGUAAUGAUAAAAUGGAAUUGAUGGAAAAACUAACUUCUUCAAAAUAUGAAAUUACUGAGUUACAAGAAAAAUGUGAAUAUUUGGAGAGUCAACUUCAGAAACUGGACAACGCACUCGUUAUAAAAGAUCAAGAACUUCUUAAAGAAAGAGAAAAUGUAGAAAAUCUUAACAAACAACUAUUCCAAUACGACCAAUUGAAUGAUCGAUUAAGGCAUUACGAAGCCAAAAAUAGCGGUCUUGAAAUGCUGCAAAACGAAAUGUUACAGACCAGACAGCAGUUACAAACUCUACAAGCCGAAAAUUUACAUUUAAAAGAGCUUAUUCGAUCGAGUCAACACACUGCACUAGAACAAAUAAACGAAAUCGAAUAUAACAAAUUAGUAGAAACUAACAAUAUAAUUAAUAAUGAAGCCGUUAAAAAUGAAAAAGUGAAAAAACAAGAGAUAUUAAUUAUAGACAGAGAUGAUAACAAGAAAGAAACAAGCGACGACCAACUUUUAUCGAAAUAUUUAAGUGAUAUAGAGGAAUUAAAACAAAAGAACAAAGAACUUGAGUUGCAGGUAUACAGGACGAGCAAAGACAAAUUAUCCGAAGUAAAUGAUAACAACAAUGAUUCAUACUUCGGAAGCAGUGAAGUAAUGUUAAACAAAGAAGAAGCAAUGAAACAUUUGGAAGAAAAGUUUCUUCAGACCAUGGAGGAGGUGGCGAAUUUGACGGAAGAAAAACAUCGUUUGGAGCAUCUGGUUACCCAACUACAGAGCGAAACUGAAACCAUUGGAGAGUAUGUUACACUCUAUCAACAUCAGAGGGCCAUUUUACAACAAAGAACUCUCGAGAAGGACGAACAGCUAAAGAAAUUGCAAGAAGAUCGAACCGAGGUCAAAUCGAAAUUAGAAUUGCUCAAUUUGCUCGUUAAAAAGUUGAUCGAGGAGAAAGGAACGACAGUAACCUCCGAACUUCUCCGUCAACAGCAUAAAGCGAACGACAACAAACUGUUAUGUUCCGAACACGCCUACAUACAAGAAGAAAUAAAUAAAAUUAGAGCGGAAAAUAAGCUAGACAGUUCGAACGAUUCGAUUGAAAGUGUUGAUCACGGCGGCAAUUCGACUGCUCAACAGAUAAUUUCAUUACUAUCGGAAAUUAAAACGAGCAGCCUGGUACAAUCGCCAGAUAUGAUUGAUAAUUUUCAUCCCUGUGGAUGGUGUUCGGGUCAACUAAUAACAAUAUAGUUAAAAAAGAACCGCUAGCCUUUAUAAUACUAAUUGAUGCUUUAAUAAUUUCAGUUAAUACAUUAAAUGAUGAUUAAAUACAUAGGUAUGGUCUUAAAAAAAAAAAAAGAAAAAACAAACAAUGGCACAUGUGAUAUACAUUUCAAUUUUUACAAACAAGUUUUAAAAGCUAUGUACUUACGCUGUUGGUGUUGAAUAAAACGUUCACCUUGAA